AUGGAGAUAAUCCUGCACCUAGGGGAUCUAAGUCUAGGUGCAGUUUCGUCAGGUGUUAUGAAUGACACUGGAAACUUUGUGCUUAAAAAUAGCAAUUCUGACAGGUUAUGGGAAAGUUUCGACCAUCCUUCUGAUACGUUGUUGCCUACUCAGAUUUUAGAGAUUGAAGAGUUCCGUUUCGACGCUGGUGAUUUUAUGCUGAAUUCCAUAAAUUUGCCAACCGGAUUUGCUUACGAUUCCUACUAUAGAAUAACUUCUGAUGCUUCAAAUUCUUUCAAUUCUGGUUAUCGUUUGAUCUUCAAUGAGUCAGGCUAUAUGUACAUGUUAAGAAGAAGUGGGCAUAGAUUCUUUCUCACAGAAGGAACAGUUUCGACUGCAGACUUCUAUCAUAGGGGGAUUCUCAAUUUUGAUAGUGUUUUCAUUCAAUAUUUUUACCCAAAAACAUCUGGUAGUAACAGAAGCUGGUCCUCUGUCUGGUCGAAACCAGAUAAUACAUGUGUCAAUAUUGGUGGAGGCUUGGGCAGUGGAGCCUGUAGAUAUAACAGCAUCUGCAGCCUAAAUGAUGAUAAAAGACCAGAUUGUGAUUGCCCACAAGGUUUUUCUUUACUUGAUGAGAAUGACAAGUAUGGAAGCUGCAUACCAGAUUUCGAACUAAGCUGCAAAGAUAGACUCAAUUCCACAGAAGAUCACUAUGAUUUUCAGGAGCUAAUAAAUGUUGAUUGGCCAACAUCUGAUUAUGAGAGGUUCAAGCCUUCUGAUGAAGAUACCUGCAGAAAGUCUUGCUUGAAUGAUUGUCUAUUUGUUGUUGCCACUUUUCGAGAUGGCUGCUGGAAGAAGAAGUUACCGCUCUCGAAUGGAAGAGUUGACAGUGGUAUGAAUGGAAAGGCAACCACAAAAAUUCAAGGAGAGGGGGAUGCGAUGGAGAUAAAGUUGUGUUGUUUUACAUACAAAGAGCUCACAGAAGCGACAAAUGACUUGAAGGAUGAGUUGGGAAGAGGAGGUUUAGGUGCUGUUUAUAAGGGGAGAAUACCGGUAGGUUUUACUAAUGUUGUUGCUGUCAAGAAGUUAGAUAAAAUGGUUCAAGAUGGGGAAAAGGAAUUUAAAACUGAAGUAAACACUCAAAUCAUUCACUGUGAUAUAAAGCCUCAGAAUAUACUUACUGACGAUUAUUACAAUGCUCGAAUAUCUGAUUUUGGACUGCCAAAAUUUUUGAUGGUGCAUCAGAGGCUCAGAGCCAAACUGAGGCUUUCAUUAGAGGAACGAAAGGAUAUGUUGCACCUGAAUGGUCCAGGAACAAACCAAUCGCUGACAAAUGUAGAUCUGGAGAUCAGCGAGAAAGCAGUGCUGACUGAUUGGGCUUAUGACUGCUAUACGAAUGGAACUUUGGAUGCUUUGCUUGAAGAUGACCCGGAGGCCAUUAAUGACUUAUCAACAGUUGAGAAGCUGUUGAAGGUUGCAUUUUGGUGUAUUCAUGAGGAGCCAUCUCGCAGACCCACCAUGUGGAAGGUGACACAAAUGCUUGAAGGAGUUGUUGAAGUGCUUACUCCUCCAAAUCCAUUUCCAUUUAGUACAAUCAGCAAUGAUCUUUAA